AUGAACCGGCUUUAUGAGUUAGCUGAAGAAUUCAGAAGAUCCCUGAAACCCCACCAUGAAGAAGAAUUCGAAAAUACCACUGUUGGAGACAUGCGAAAGGAGAUCCAUGAUAUACAAUUGUUGCGAGACAAGACUAAUAACAUGAUGGACAUGAAUCGACUGCGGAUGUUUCUUGACGGCAUGGAAGAGCUCGAAAAGCUCCUCUUGCGCCUUGAGUUUCCUGGCACGAAAGGUGCUAUGUCAAUCAUUUGGGGCUCCGUUAGGUUCCUACUCAAGAGCACGAACAUUACUGAUAGGGCUUUUGACGGAGUGCUCGAUGUGUACGGACUUCUUGGAGCACAACUCCUGCCCUUGACUCAAUUCAGGGAGCUCUUCCAAACGUUUCCGGAUGCCUUGGAAUGCAUAGUCAAUAUUUAUCAUGAUAUCCAGCGAUUCCAUUCCACAGCAUACAAGCUUUUCUCACUCACGACGAAGCUAUGGCAGCGUCUUCAGAAACCUAUCUGGGAUGACGCAAGUCGCUUGUUUUCAAGAACAUCCGAUUCUCUAGGUUCACACGCGAGGUUCAUCAAAGAACACAGCCCUUCUUUACAAAACUAUGGUGCCCUUCAUGCGGCCUUCCAGCAGUACUCCUAUGGCCUCAAGUCAGACUGGAAUAAUUUUGAGAUUGAGGAAAAGUCCCGAAAGCGUGGAAGAAGAUACGAAGUGACUGAAUGGAUCACUUCUUCUUCGAAGAUGCCAAGGUUGCAAGAUGAGUUCCGUGAUAUGGCGAUCUGUCCCAGGAGUGGUCGUUGGCUUUUCCGAAAUUACAACGCUAUAUCGGAGUGGAUGGGCGAGGAAGACCCUCCCCACUCAGCCAUAUGGUUGCAUGGGAACUGCGGAUAUGGCAAAACGGUGCUUGCAUCCCUAAUAGUCGAUGAACUGAAAUCAUCCAAACUCCAGAAUACGAUGUCCUCAUUUCCAGAGGGCAGUAAGACGUGUUAUUUUUACUGCCAGGAAGACGACAUCGAACACAGAAAUCAUCUUGAUAUCCUUAAAGGUAUACUCCUGCAGAUGGUAGAGGUUGAGGAUUAUAUAAUCCCCCUUUGCUAUCAGGAAAAGGCCACAAGUGGAGGCUCCAACCUCAUAGAUUCAGAGCUGGCUCAAAAGCUCAUCAAGACUUUUAUCGAGUUUUCUGUAAGACACUAUAUCGUGAUAGACGGAGUGGACGAAUGCGAUGGAGCCGAGAUCCAACAAACUGCCAAGUUCUUCAAGGAUUUGGUGUCGACAUAUGAUACGCAAAUCAGAAUGGGGCAUCUGAGAGUCCUUUUCAUGGGUCGAGAAACAUCUGAUACCAAAAAACAUAUUCCUGGAGACGAUUGCAUCAGCAUAGCACUUAGGCCAGAGGACAACCAUGACGAUAUCAGAGCUUUUGUGCAGAAAAGACUUCCAGACUUUUCGAAAUCAAGUCACGGUAUUGGUUUCAGUCUUUCUGAAGCUGAUAAGUCGGAUGUUGAACGGAUAAUUUGCCAUCAAAGUCAAGACUCAUUUCUCUAUGCACAUCUAGCCAUUGAAUUCCUUUUACAGCAAGAUACCAAAGGUGACUUGCUAACCCAACUCAGACAAGGGAUACUACCAACGAAGCUUGGAGACAUGUACGAAAGACUGCUCGACUCCGUCAAGAAUAGUCUCGUGGCACAGCCAGGAGGUACUGCGAGGUGGGAGAGAUCAAAGCUAUUAUUUGGAUGGCUCAUUUGUGCCAAGAGACCACUCAGAUGGCACGAGAUGCAAGCAAUCUUAUGCUUCGAUCUGGAUAAACCCAAGAUUGACUUUGAGAAUAACAUGUUACGACAAGAUAUGGAGAAAUAUCUCGGCGCCAUCGUCCAUGUCCUUGACGGAGGUCAUAUCCGACUUAUUCAUUCUACUGCACGCAGAUAUAUCAUAGACAACAAGCAUAUCAGUGAGAAGCAGGUUCAGUGCCAGUUGACUACUAUAUGCCUUAGAUACUUGACCCUCCCAUGCUUCACCCGGAACUUCAACUAUCUGGCGCCCCAAAGAAGCGAGGAUGCGAGACUUGGCUGGUUCUCGUUCCAGGACUACACGUGCUCUCAGUGGCUUUAUCAUGUUGAUACUUUGAUCAGAGAGUGCAGCGAAGUCUUCACAACCGAGACUUUUCCAGACGUUGCAGCGGACUUUGCUUCUGCUUUGAAGCAUUUUGUCAAUACUCAUCGUGCAGAUUUGACUACCACUAAGCAUGCUGAAUUGGUUGAAAGCCACAUAGAGACCUUCAUGGGCUUGGAACUCUACGAAGACCUUCAUUUGCUGUGGAACCACAUAUACACUCACCAGCGAGGUGAUUACGGAACACGAAACACCGUUGGCGUUAAGCAAAUCGAGAACGGACUCAAGGAUAAUAGAAAAGAAUUGGAAAGGUUCCUUCCGAGCCAAAGAUCCGGUGACGAGGAUACGAUCGAGGACUAUUAUGGUUCAAAUCUCUUCAAGUGUAACCGUACACUCUGUCGUUUCUUCUACGUCGGCUAUGACGAGAAGAGUAACCGAGAUGAUCACAGAAAGCGACAUGAGAGGCCUUUCCAUUGCCCCGUGUCCUGUAAUGCGGCUCCUCUUGGCUUCGUGAGUAACAAGGAUAGGGACCGACAUAUCAAUAUUUACCAUCCGGAACUAAGCGAAGGAGUCGCCAUCUUUGAGGCUUUAAGCCGUCGACAGGCCCCAGGGAGGUUCGUUUGCCAGAUCUGCAACAAGACCUUCACGAGAAACAUCAACCUCAAAAGCCAUGAACGGAGUCAUUUUGGGGACAGGCCUUUUGCUUGCACGACUUGUGGAAAGGCUUUUGCUAGGGUGAAUGACUGCCGAAGGCAUGAGAAGAUACACGCAAGGAGAGGAUAUUGA